AUGGCCCUGGGCCGGGACCGCGGCGGAGUGCCAGGCGCCACGCACGCCUCCGUGCACCCAGUUCCCCGCCUUUGGAACCGGGACCCCGGAAUCGUGAACUGCGGCUUCUCUGCACGUCAGAGGAAAUACCUGUGCACGCCUCGAGAGCAGCAGUUGCCCCCAAGACCCCAGCAAACGUCAAAUCAGACACAAUCAGAUUCUCCAUCCCCGAAUCCUGUGUCCCCCGUGCCUUUAAAUAACCCAGCAAGUGCCCCGAGAUAUGGAACGGUGAUACCCAAUCGCAUCUUUGUAGGAGGAAUUGACUUUAAGACAAAUGAAAAUGAUUUAAGAAAAUUUUUUUCCCAGUAUGGGUCUGUAAAAGAAGUGAAGAUUGUCAGUGACAGAGCUGGAGUAUCUAAAGGGUAUGGUUUCAUCACUUUUGAGACACAAGAAGAUGCACAAAAAAUCUUACAAGAGGCUGAAAAACUUAAUUAUAAAGAUAAAAAACUGAACAUUGGUCCAGCAAUAAGAAAACAACAAGUAGGAAUCUCUCGUUCUAGUGUAAUGCCAGCUGCUGGAACAAUGUACCUAACCACUUCAACUGGGUACCCUUACACUUACCAUAAUGGCGUGGCUUACUUUCAUACUCCAGAGGUAGCUUCUGUCCCACCAGCUUGGCCUUCACGUUCCAUGUCUAGUUCUCCUGUGAUGGUAGCUCAGCCCAUUUAUCAGCAACCUGCAUAUCACUACCAGUCUCCUGCCUCUUCUACUCCACUCUUGUACCUGCAACCUUCGGAAGUAAUUUACCAGCCCAUGGAGCUUGCCCAGGAUGGUGGCUGCGCCCCCCCUCCACUGUCUCUGAUGGAAGCCCCCAUUCCAGAGCCUUAUUCUGAUCAUGGAGUCCAAGCAACGUACCACCAAGUCUACGCUCCGAGUGCCUUUGCCAUGCCUGCGCCUGUGAUGCAGACUGAAGCAAUUAAAACAGUGUGGAGCAUUCAUUAUUAAGGCAGCUGGGUGGCUCUAGUCCAACUCGACGGAUUUCUUGUCCAGUGAUCCUUGAGUGACCAAGACCCUGCUCCAAGGACCUGGCUAAAGCUGCCUGUUGGGAAAUUUAGGAUUAGUCGGUGUCUGGGCGUAUUUAUGUAUUAUACUGGAAGCUGUCUAGAUUUUAUGAAAUUUGUUUUUUCAGCUGUUUUAAAAAAUUAUUUAGAUGUGGCAUGUUGAUUUUUUAUGUUAAUCUAACUGUAGUGACAUUUUUUACAUGUUUUAUCCAUUCCUAAAUAACAACCACAUUGGGCUAAUGACGUGUCUUUCAUUUUCUCUGCUUUGUGUUCUUCUCAGGCUUUUAGAUGCUAUAUUUCGUAUUCUUCUUUAAUAUUUGGGAUAAGAA